GUAGAAAACACAUAAGCACACAGUAUUUGAAGUAAUCGAGGUGAUGGCUGUAGCAGCAAAAUCUGUCUUAGGUUGUCAACUUGCUUUGUUGGUGUUGUUGGUUGUAGGAAAUGUUAGCCUGAUGGCUAGGGCACAGCGCAGUGCCUGCACAACCGAAUUGAGCAACUUGAAUGUUUGUGCACCCUUUGUGGUGCCUGGUUCAUCCAACACCAGACCAAGUGCUACAUGCUGCAAUGCACUCCAAGCUGUCGACCGUGAUUGCCUCUGCAACACUCUCAGGAUUGCUUCUCAGCUCCCUUCUCAGUGUCGUUUACCGUCUGUCACUUGCGGUGCAAAUUGAUGAGUAUGAAGAGAAGUCAUACCAUUAGAAGAAUAAUGCAGAAACUCUUCUUAUAGGGUUUGUUAUAGGGCUUUAUAUAUGUUCCUAUGACUGUGUUACAUGUUUUGUCACAUGUUUUACUUUGUUAUUGUCUACCACACCAAAUGAAUGCAAUGAAAUAA